AAUGUUAAUGUGUAAUUUUAUAGUAUCCAUCCAGGUGAAUGGUGUGCUAUUCAUCAGUUUACAGUUGAAGUUUAUUUUUGUCCCUCUGAGGAUCUUCUUUGCAUUUCCUGUUGUGUAAACACGCCCAUAUUUGUAGUCACAACGCUGGCUCAAGGUUGGGCAAAGUAGGGAGAUUCACAAGUUGCAACUAAAAAUAAGUUUGUCCUACGAAAAUAGGAGGGAAAUUAACACAAGUAGAGUCAUAACAAAAAUAAACGAGGUGGAAGUUAGAGAGAAGAGUUGAAGUGGCUGACUUCCACCAUCUUAUAUAGGUGAGCUGAUUCCCUGUGGGCCACCGACUGGUUGUCAGAGUCCUUCACUGGUAGAGUAGGACUGACUUCUGAUUCUGGUAGUCAGCUCAGUAGUCUGGUAGCCUUGCUGUACCAGUCCAUUCUGUAGAACAGGUCUGGCUGUACCACUGCAUCAUUCUCCUAUAGAGGUAAACAUGCCCAGGCUUGAUUGCAUGUCUUUACACCAGUCACAGUCAUCAUGAUGGGAAAGGAUGUGACUUCAGUACAACAUGGGUCAAAAGUGACCCAUAUUCAGUCGAAAACGGGUAUUGCAUGACUCAUGUUGCUCAUAAAAGGGUUAAAAUAAUUAUGAAUGGACCAUGAGUAGAAGUGACCCCGCUCAUUAAAAUAGAUAAUCCACCACCUUUUAGCUUGAUACAUACCAAGUACAGCUCCCUCUGAGCUCAGUGUGUGUGAGGAGCAGGUGAAUUAAUCAUUUCUGUUCUGGGCAGGUUUGCGUCUUCUCUAACAGAGGAAGCAUCUGUUAGAGGGGACUAGUCAAGAUUAUAUUUUGUAUAAACAGCAAUAACAGGCAAAGCAAACACAAUGUGGGACAGCACAGAAGAUAAGCUAGAUAGACUGGCUGUCUGUUACCACAUUAUAUAGAAGACUGAGUGCACAUAGGCUUGACCCCCCUGAGGGCCUGACUCUGUCCCCCAGACUCCUGCAGAGAUAUUCCAGCCUAGCAGACUGGCACAGUUUGACAAUAUGUCUGUAAGUGUUUUUACAUGUGAGAUCUAUGAUUAAAUUUGAUCCUGAGUACAGUCCAUCUAAUACAGUUGGAUAUGCAACUGAAGGUGACAGUACCCACCUGACCUCGCUUUAAUAUGCAUCUUAAGGUAAUAAGAAGUACCUGACAUGAGAUUUUAUUAUUUACAAGCUGAACCGUGGUAAUAUAUGGCCCAGGUUUGCCACAUUGUAGAUGACAAAAAAAAAUACAUAAGCAAAAUUUAAGAUGUUGUAAUCAGGAUGUAAGAUGAACCCAAAUCCUCUGUUCAGUGUAAAUUUAUGCUUUAAAACAAGUCCAGUCAUCCUUCUCCAGACAUCCUGCAAUAUGACGAAACGAGACUGAGAAACUGGGAGGGCCCCUCCUUCCCCUUCUUGCAGUGUCCGCCCACAGUGAACAUCUCUUCUCAGCUUGGUCAUGUGUACUGUAGGUGGAUGGGCUGGUGUUCACUGGACAUGACAGAUAAGCAUUACUGCUGCGUACGCCCCCUUAUGUAUAAACAAGAUGAGCUCAUUUUUGCCUUGAAAUUGAAUGGGAUAAUCAUGAGUGUAGCUUUUAGUACUUAAUAUCAAAACACAAAGGUUUUCAAAUUCUAAAAUGGACCUAAGAGAGAAAAACAUUGUUGAAAUGAUAGCAAAGGUUAUUGAAGAAGCUUCGGAUACAGAUACUAAUUGUGAGGUGCUGAUGGCUGGUAGGACUUACCCAUCCAUCCAAGAGUUUGCCUCAGCAAUCCCCAACCACCUUCUCCUGGGGUCUCUGCUUGAACACUUGUGCUUCGUCUAUGAGAGCAAUCCAGCUCGCUCACGUACACUGUUCAAAGUCAUCGGCCAACGCUUAGCUGCCAUGAACCUCCUCUCACCUUUGGCCAUAAGUGAUGAAUUCAGCACCGUCAGACUCCAGCACAACCGGGCCUUCACUGAGCUGCUUAAUGCUGCUAGCUCCUCCAUGUAUCCACAGGGCCUCAGCACGAACACACACAGUCCUGCUUUAAGACCCAAGGAGGGACUGUUUCAAGCCCAGACAUCACGGUAUCUUAGUGAAUUUGAAGAAAUCUCCAGGCUUGGAAAAGGGUCAUAUGGAAAUGUUUUUAAGGUUAUAAACAAACUGGAUGGACAAUGUUAUGCUAUGAAGAAGAUUCUCAUCAAACAAGUCUCAAAGGAUGACUGUAUGAAGGUCCUUAGGGAGGUCAAAGUGUUGUCCAGCCUACAGCAUAUAAAUGUUGUUGGCUAUCAUACUGCAUGGAUGGAACAUGUUCAGCCUGCAGCAUAUCCUGAGUCUAAGCUUCCUGCACUGGAGUCUCCUGGAAAAGACAACAGUCCUGAUGUGAGCCUUGACAGCAGCAGCUUCAGCUCCUCUAUAGUCUUUCAAAGCCACAGUCAAGCACCAACAGAUGCUGCUGCUUUAGCUGCCAAACUACCUCAAAGAGACGACCAUUCUGUCAAAGCCUUAGUUUCAGCCCAGGAGGGCCAGGUGGUGUGCCCCAAGACGAUGCAUCGCAUCCCAGAAAACUACGUGCCCUGUGUGUUUCUGGGACAGAGAGGUCCCAUGCAGAGCUCCAAGUGCCCUGCCACGGGUUGGGAAAAUUCAGCACUGUUAGAGGAGGAGUCUAGCAGAAGCAGCAUCGAACUGAACAACAACUCCUGCAUCGACAAGGAGUGUCAGCAGUGGGCUGACAAAUGUGUAACAAAGCCCUCUAAAGAGGUACAGUUUCACCUGAUGCUCUACAUCCAGAUGCAGCUGUGUGAGCGCUCACUGAAGGACUGGAUCUCUGAGAGAAACUCCAAACCCAAAGAAGAGCACAUCCCAAGAUGUCCAUAUGACUGUGUAGACACCGAACGCACACUCAACCUUCUGAGACAUAUACUUGAAGGGGUGGAGUAUAUUCACUCCAGGGGAAUCAUGCACAGAGACUUGAAGCCAAGAAACAUUUUCCUUCAUGGUGUCGACUGCCAUGUUCGGAUUGGGGACUUUGGUUUGGCUUGCAGGGACAUAAUAGUGGAGGGCCAUAAAAGCACCACCUCUCCCUGCUGUGAUUCCACUCACACUUCAGGUGUUGGUACCUUUGUGUAUGCUGCACCAGAACAACUAAAAGGCUCCCAUUAUGAUUCACAGUCAGACAUGUACAGCAUUGGAGUGCUGGCUCUCGAGCUUUUCCAGCCUUUUGGGACCGAGAUGGAGCGAGUCCGGACGCUUGGGGACCUGAGAGAAGGAAAAAUUCCAGACAUGUUCUGCCACAGAUGGCCAGUUUUAUCAAAAUACAUCACGAAGCUGACAAGUAAAGAGCCCAGUGUUCGACCUACGGCCAGCCAGCUUCUACAGAGCGAACUCUUCUGCAGUAAAGACACGGUGAUCCACGGUUUGCAGAGACGGGUUGAAGAGCAGGAGGAAGAGAUCAUUCAGCUGAGAAGACAGAUCAGUCAACUUCAGAGCUCACAAAUCACAGUUCAUUUCUCUGAGUUGGACAAGACCUGAGCCUUAAAAAUCUCAAGACUUUUAAAACUUGAUUUUUUUUCAGCCGCUGCUGUACCUUAUUUUGCUGACUCAAUACAAGUAGCAGAGUGUAUGCGUGUGUGUGAACAUUUAAGUGCGUCUUGUAUACCUGGAUAAUAGAGUGCAAUUAUUUUUGCUCCAUUGAGCUGAUUAAUAAACCUAUUUCUGAUA